AUGGAUUUCCGCAAUAUUCUCGUGAUGGCCUCGGAGCAGCAGGGGCUGAACUCGGUGCCGAAAAGGUACAGUUUGGCUGUUGGUCCUCCCAAAAAGGUUCCAAAAGUCAAGGGUGUAGAGUCUGCAGCAGUGCAAGCAUUUCUCAGACGGCAAGAAGAAGAAAAAAGAAAAAAAGCACUGGAAGAAAGAAGAAAGAAAGAAGAACUCUUGGCUAGACGUAUUGAACUGAAACAUGAUAGAAAGGCAAGAGCUAUGGCCUCACGAACAAAGGAUAAUUUUUAUGGCUAUAACGGCAUUCCUGUUGAAGAGAAGUCUAAAAAAAAGAGGACUUGUGAGAAUGUUGCUCAGGCCCCAGAGGCUGAGUAUGCAACAGAAGAUGAAACUGAGCAACUUGAAUACAGUCAGACUGAAUCUGAGCAUGAGCAAGAAGAAUAUGAAGAGAAACCAUCCAAAGUUGCAGUGAAACCAAAGGCGCCUCCCAAAAGUGCACCAGCACCUCUGAACUUCGCAGAGCUCUUAAGGCUUGCUGAAAAAAAACAGUAUGAACCAGUGGAAAUAAAACCAGUGAAAAAGGUAGAAGACAGACCCAGAACAGCAGAAGAAUUGAGAGAGAGGGAGUAUUUGGGACGCAAAAACAAAAGAGUAGAAAUGCAUAAGAAAAGUGACAAGGAGAUUAAGAAUAUGGGGAUAUCCAGUUCUUCAAAAAAAGUGACUUCUCAGAAAGAAUCUGUAAAUGCAAAACUUAACAAAAGCUCAGUAGAUAAACAUUCCACUCCAAAAGGCAGUCUGUCCUCUUCUAUGAGUGGUAUUGAUAAGAAAUCCAAAGCACCAGCAUUGACUGAAAAACACUCACGGUCAUCAUCUUCCUCCAAAUUUGAUCAAAUGGCAAAAACCUCACAAAAUGGUUCCUUAAAAAGUUCUACUGGUAGCAGUCAUAGUAAAUUACCUGUCAAUGGUAUUGGAAAGUCUGGCUCAAGCUCUCAUGUACCACACUCAAAACCAGCAGCCAAUGGGGCUCAGAGGCUACCAUCUGCUAAAGAAUCCAGCCUGAAAAAGUCUGCCCAUACAAAAUCAGGAAAUGCUGCAGCCCUUCAGCAUGGAGUCAACUCCAAUGCAAAACGAUCAGGCAGUAGCUUAGGAAAAGGAGGACCUGGACAUCCAGGUGGCGGUUCAAGUGCAGGACCUGGGCGCUUGAGCAGCAAUUCUGGCGUGGGACCUGGAAGGCCGGGAAGUGGUUUAAGCUCAGGACCUGGGCGACUGGGCAGCGGCUCAGCUGCAGGACCUGGCAGGCCAGGCAGCAGCUCAAGCCUGGGACCUGGGCGACUGGGUGGCAGCUCAGGCAUGGGACCUGGAAGGCUGGCUGGCAGCUCAAGCACAGGACCUGGGCGACCAGGGAGUGGCUCAAGCAUGGGACUAGGGCGACCAGGCAGCAGCUUGGGCACUGGACCAGGAAGGCCAGGCAUCAGCACAAACGCAGGACCUGGGCGACCAGGCAGUAGCUUGGGAACAGGACCAGGAAGGCCAGGAAUCAGUCCAAGCACAGGAGCCAAGCGACCAGGCAGCAGCGUGGGAACAGGACCAGGAAGGCCAGGCAUCAGUCCAGGUGCAGGACCUGGGCGACCAGGCAGCGGCUUGGGUACAGCUGUAAAACCGAAGUGUACUGUUGUAUCGGAAACUAUUUCUUCUAAAAACCUAGUCACAAGACCUAGCAAUGGACAGAUAAAUGGAAUGAGAUCUCUUCAAGGGCAUAGACCUGUGUUUCAUCCACAAGGUCUUGGAAGACCACCUAUUAGUUACAAGAGACAAAUAGAAGAUGAUGAUGAUGAUGAAUAUGACUCUGAAAUGGAUGACUUCAUUGAAGAUGAAGGGGAACCCCAGGAAGAAAUAUCAAAACACAUUCGGGAAAUAUUUGGCUAUGACCGGAAAAGAUACAAAGAUGAAAGUGAUUAUGCCUUACGUUACAUGGAGAGCAGCUGGAGAGAGCAACAGAAAGAAGAAGCUAGGAGCUUGAGACUCGGUGUUCAGGAGGACUUAGAAGAAUUGAGACGGGAAGAAGAAGAAUUAAAACGCAAGAGACAGUCUAAGAAGCUGAGGACACAUUAACUGACUUAUGGUGUUGACUUUGUUCAUGUUUCUGCUACCCUCUGCCUCCAUACAUCUCUUAUUCUACAUCAGUUUCCAUUUGCUUGUUAGAGGGCAAAAGAAUAUUUAAAGGGAUUAAAGUACUGAAAAGCAAGGCUUUAGGUUGACCUAAAUAAGAUAUUUAUUUUUAAUACUUGCCAGGGUUGGUUUUUUAUGAAGAAAUUAAUGCACUAAUGCAUAUUAAGUGGAAUAAAAUUAAUAGAUGUUUCCAUUGAUUAAACCAGUUCAAGAUGCCAGCAGAAAUAUUGACUAGCUAUGCACUGACUUAGAACUGUGUGGGCCCAUAUACCAGUAAACCAAUUUUGCAUUCACUUGAAAGAAAGUAAUAGCAUUCUUGUUCCCUGAUAUUUCUUGAGACUUAGAGAAACUGCUUCAUAUCCUACUCUGUCUCCCAACUUGAGCCUCAAAGUAUUGAAAUGUCAUCUUCUGUACAGAAGCAGCUUGGGUGUAAAUUCAGCCGUUGCCACAGAUAUUCAAAGCAAUAAAGUGCUGCAUAUUUUCUGAUUUGAGGACCCAUAAAAAUAAUUUGAACCUCUUUAUUUUUAAACAGAAAAGUGCAUGCCACUUGCAAAUUGUACAGUUAUAGAUAUGGCCAAAAGACUGUUGGCUUUUGCUGUGUCUGGAAUUCCAAUGCCAAUCUAAUUCAGUAUGAUAAAUACACACCCUGACAACAGGAAUUUCUAGUGUUUGUAUGUAACUUGUGCUUUUGGGCUCAAGCAUAUGCUUGGGAAUUCUUUUCCUGCCCUGUAAAUCUUCAGAUUUGUUUAACAGCUUAUGCUGCUUUUACAAAUUGUGUAUGGUGCACAUGUUUUUUCUUGCAUUAAACAUCCGAUGUGUUAAAUGAUUUAAAAUGUGAAGCAGUCAUUUAUCUAAUUAGGUUUACUAUUUAGAAUUAAGUUUUGUUAGAAUGU